CUCACACCCUCGACUGAACGACUCCAACCAACCCGGAACUUUUUAAGUCAACUAAUCAUUCCUGAAAACUUAUUGCAAGGAGUUUCCUCCUUUUUUCCUAGCAGUUCACAAGUAACUCUAAGAAAAGUCACUUCCACAGACGGGGUGUUCCUAUGAGGGGAAGAAAAGGACAGUUGCAAAUGUUUCUCGCUCGGACUGCGGCAGCUCCUGUGGGACAGUAGCCUCGACUUUUCAAACCAGCCAGUGAGUGGUGGACUACAGAGUUGCCAACAUGCCUCAACAGAAGGACAUAGUGAAGAUUGCCAUCCAGAUGCCUGGGGCCUACCCCCAGCUCAUACAACUGGACCAGAAAAAGCCUCUGUCUGCUGUGAUAAAAGAAGUGUGUGAUGGCUGGAAUCUCCCAGGUCCAGACAACUACGCUCUGCAGUAUGCUGAUGGAGUGCAGACGUACAUCACUGAAUCGAAUCGUUUGGACAUAAAGAAUGGCUGCAUUCUGCGUCUGACCAAGGCACCGGGCCGAUGUGCAGAAGACUUGUACAAAGGCAUCCAGAGCUCGGACUCAGGCGUGCGCUGUGAUUCGCUGAAGGAACUGGCGAGCGUUUCCACAGACGUGACCUUUGCUCAAGAGUUCAUCAGCCGAGACGGACACGUCUUAUUGGUCAAGAUAGUAGAGGACUCUAAUGAGAGUAACGCGAUCAUGACCCACACGCUGACAGGCUUCAUGGAACUGAUGGAUCAUGGGAUAGUUUCAUGGGAGAACCUCUCCUGUGUCUUCAUCAAGAAGAUUGCCAGCUUUGUCAACGCCAAGUCGACCGACGUAUCGAUGCAGCAGGUGUCCCUGGACAUCCUGGAGAGCAUGGUGCUGAGCAGCCACAGCCUCUUCCUGCAGGUCAAACAGGAAGUCACCAUGGAGCGGCUCAUCGCUCACCUCCAGGUGACCAAUCCGCAGAUACAGACCAAAGCCAUGGCUCUACUUAUGGCACUACUCCAAACUGCCGGAGACUCGGACAGACAGGAUAUGUUUGCGUUCCUGAAUAAGAAGAAUCUCCGACAGUACAUUUAUAAAAAUAUCAUCCACAGUUCUGGGUCGGUCCAGGACAAGAUGGCCCACUACCUCUAUGUCCUACAGUCCGUUACCUUGAACCAGCUGGAGCCUCGCAUGAGGACGCCUCUGGACAGCUACAACCAGGAGCAGAGAGAAGUCCUUCACGGUUUGCGGCAGGCUGCGUUUGAGACGGAAAGCGAGAACAGUCUGAGCCAAGAGAGGCGCCGCUCGCUCUGCGCCAAAGAGUUCAAGAAGUUAGGCUUCUCUAACAAUAGUAACCCCGGGCAGGACUUGGUGCGAACGCCUCCUGGUCUUCUGGCUCUGGACACCAUGUUUUACUUUGCAUCACGCUAUCCUGACGCCUACAGCAGGUUUGUCCUGGAGAACAGCAGCAGGGAAGACAAACACGAGUGUCCGUUUGCCAGGAGCAGCAUCCAGCUCACACUCAUCCUGUGUGAAAUCCUUCGUAUCGGAGAAACCCCCUCAGAGACGAGAUCUGACUACCACCCCAUCUUCUUCAGUCAGGAUCGGCUGAUGGAAGAGCUUUUCUGCGUCUGCAUUCAGCUGCUCAACAAGACCUGGAAGGAGAUGAGAGCCACACAGGAGGACUUCGACAAGGUGAUGCAGGUGGUGAGGGAGCAGAUCACCAGGACCCUCUCCAGUAAGCCCACCUCCCUGGAGCUCUUCAAGAACAAAGUCAACGCCCUGAACUACAGCGAGAUCCUCAAACUGCGGCAGACGGAGCGGCUGCACCAAGAGGAGACCCUCGCUCCCCCCGUACUGGAGCUCAAAGAGCGCCUGAAGCCGGAGCUGCUGGAUCUGAUCCGCCAGCAGAGACUCAACAGGCUGUGUCAAGGAACCAUGUUCAAGAAGAUCAGCAACCGACGCAGGCAGGAUAAACUGUGGUACUGCCGCUUGUCGCCCAAUCACAAAAUGCUUCACUACGGGGAUGUGGAGGAGGACACGGACAAUCCACCAAUAGAAACACUGCAAGAGAAGAUUCCAGUGGCAGAUAUCAAAGGCUUGCUGACGGGAAAAGACUGUCCUCACAUGAAGGAGAACAAAAGCAAACAGAACAAGGAGGUGCUGGACCUGGCCUUUAGCCUCACAUAUGAUGUAGAAGAGGACAGCCUUAACUUCAUCGCCCCCUCCAGAACUGAUUUCUGCCUGUGGACAGAUGGGCUGAGCGUGCUCCUGGGCCGGGAGAUGAGCAGUGAGUCCAUGCGCAGCGAGCUGGAGAUCCUGCUCUCCAUGGAGAUCAAGCUCCGCCUCCUGGACCUGGAGAACGUUCCCAUCCCCGACUGUGCGCCCGUCAUCCCCAAACCGCCCAGCAACUACAACUUCUGCUACGACUUCAGCCAGACGGAGCAGUAGAGCAGGAUGUGUGAAUGUGUGAAUGUGUAAAUAUAUAUAUUGUAUAUGUGUGUGUGUGUGUGUGUGUGUCUGAAAUAAGAAGUGUGUGUUUGGUGAGAACUGACCUGUGCAUCCGUGCACUUAUUCCUAUUACACAGAUUUAUAACAUUAGGUUUAUGUGGUCUUCUGCAUCCAAGGGAAGAAAACCUGUGGAAACUGCUACCAUUUGCCUAUUGACUGUAUUUGCAUUAAUUCAACAUAUUUCCUCAGAAAAAUGAAAUCCUUCUUCUUCAGCCACUCAAUUAAUGGUACUAUGAUUUAGUUUUGCUAUCAUUUUAUAUCUCUAAAUAUAUCUUAAACGAUGUAUGGUACAUGGAAUGCUCCUGUGUGCGAGGGUGGUUUUUAUUGGUCGAGACAAUAGACGCUGUGUCUCUAAAUGCUGGCUGUGCUCAUGUUUUUAUGUUUUUGAAUGAGCAUGAAUUUGGACAGUGCUUUUUCAAGAUGUGCUACACAUUACACUCAUUUCCAACAUAAGAAAGACAAGUACAGUAUGUGUAGGUGUGGGACAAUGUGUUGCUUAAAUAGGUACUGGCCUUGGUACGGAUCCCAGAAGCUGUGGAUCCGAGAUGAUCUGUACGACUUUUAUUAGAUUUGUUAUAGUGAUGCAGAUCUGCAUUAGGUACCAUGCUGACUUAACAUAUCAAGUUUUACAAAGAGAGACACAAAGCUUAUCAAACUAUAUCUGUAUCUGUAUGAUACAGAAUGCAAUAAGUGUUUCUGUGUAGGUUUUUUUCAAAUGUGUUGGAUCAGAUCCUGAAAUAGAAAGAUUUUAUAAAAGGUACUGAUAAUAAUAUGAUGGAGGCGACAUGUUUAAUAAUUUGGAAUAAACAGUUUGAUUUAUACUGAAAAUAAAACAAGCAUGUGUUUGUGUUUUAGUCAUGGCAUAAUAGCCAACAUUUGACUACUAUGCUGAUUGUUUAUUAAAAGAAUGUUUAUUUCU